AUGAUCAGAGCAGGAUAACAACGAUAAAAUCAUUUAUUGCUUUUAGUUUUUGAUUAGAAAUUUAAGGUAUACCAAUUGAUUUAUUUCUUCGGUUUGAGUAUACAUCCUCAUUGGAGAAAAUACUGAGCCAAAAGAUUUACCCAUUAGUAGUACUGAUAUCGUCUGGUAAAAAUGUAAAUUGUCUUUUUUUACUAUUAUCAUCCAGAAAUUAUUUUUAAAAAACAUAUAGCUCUAUUACAAUGUAAAGUAUUCACUACCCAAAUCAGACCUAUUGGUUAAACAAUUUAUUUAAAGCAAUAAGUAUCAAUAUAGUAACUUAGAGUUUAGUUACAAAUACUCCAUAGAUGAAUGUUAGUCAAAUAGAGAACUUAUUGGACGGAAGCAUGAUUCUUACUAAUGA